AUGAAACCACUCCUGAAAUUCAUCUCUGCCACCAACUCGUCGUUCUUGAUCAACGCCUACCCAUACAAGCUGUACAUAUCAAACCCGGAGAUCUCGACCAGAUAUACUCUGUUUCAAAAUGUCCGCCAUUAUCCGAUGUUGGGUGUUCAGUACCAGAACCUGUUCGAUGUGAUGGUCGAUGCCGUUAUCAUUGCGAUCACCAAGGUGGGCUACAAGAACAUACCUGUGGUUGUGACAGAAACGGGGUGGCCCAGCGAUGGGGACGUGAAUGAGCGGGACGCGAACGGAGUGUUUGCGAGAAUGAACAAUGCGGGUUUGGUAAGGCAUCUGAGGUUGGGCAUCGGGACGCCGCUGCGUAGGGAAGGGGCUGCAGAGACUUACAUAUUUGAGCUGUUCGAUGAUGAAACGAAGCAAGGGCCGGAAUCGGAUUGGCACUGGGGUAUUUUGAAUCGAAACAUGACGAUGAAGUAUGGAAUUGGUUUCCCUGGUUUAGAUCGAUACAGCGGGGCCCAAUUGGCACGGAUGGUGUUGAGUGCAUGUUUGAUCUGUUUGAUUACUGUGUUGAUGUUUGUGUUGUUGCUGUGGUAG